CGCCCGCGAAUCAAGCGUCUUUGGCACUGCGCGUGCGCUUUGAAGGCUACACGCAGCAAAGGGAAGCGGGGAGGCGCUUUCUUCUCCCUCUUUCUUUCUCCCCCCCCCUCCUUCGUUUGCAUGGCAACCGCGGCGGUUGGGCGCGUGUUGGCGGGGGGCCGCAGCUGGAGCACGGCGGUCAAAACGAGAAAGCUGCCGGUGGGGUCGAAGAUGGCAAGGUUAAUCUGCAUUACCACUUCAGUGUCGCAGAAGAAAAGUAGUGCUCCUCCAAGACCUAAACAAUAUACAGAAUCUUUUAUUAAAAAACAGAUUGAAGAGUUCAACAUAGGAAAGAGACAUUUAGCUAACAUGAUGGGAGAAGAUCCAGAAAGUUUUGCCCAAGAGGAUAUUGAUAAAGCAAUUGCCUAUUUAUUUCCUUCUGGUCUAUUUGAAAAAAGGGCCAGGCCUUUGAUGAAGCACCCUGAUGAAGUGUUUCCAAAAACAAGUGUUAUUCAAUGGGAUGAAGAUGGUCGUCCAUUUAAUUUUCUCUUUUAUACUGGCAAGCAAUCAUACUAUUCUUUAAUGCAUGAGAUAUACAGUAAGCUACUGCACAUUCAAAAUUAUCAAGAUCAACUGUAUGCUCAAGGAUUGCUUUCUGAAGAUAAAGCACCUAUGAACCUGAUUGGCAGCAGAUGGCUGAUUAAAGAGGAAUUGGAAGAAAUGUUAGCGGAAAAACUGUCAGAUCAAGAUUAUUUAAGAUGUAUUCAGCUGCUGGAAAGAUUAGUAACGCUGCCAUACUGUGAUAUGGAACAAGAUUACCUGCUUAAAUUUCGCAAGGAAUUACCUAUACAAUCCAAAAAACAAUCAUUUGAACCCCUAAAAUAUGAUGAGCGAGGAGUGGCCUUUAGCACUGCAGAAGGUAAGAGAAAGUCUGCAACAGCAACUGCUACACUUCAUGCAAAUGGAAAUGGAAAAUUCACUAUAAACGGAGAUAAUUAUUUACUUUAUUUUCCAGUGUUGCAGGACAGAGUCCCUCCACCCUUCUCUGUGCCUAAUUUCAUUAAAUUGUAUAAAUUUCUUCCUGAUCUCCCUGCAGCUGGUCUCCUCACUUCUGAUCCACGUGUGAGAGAACGGAAAAAGCCUGGCCAGGAAGGAGCCCGCAGAAAGUUCACCUGGAAGAAGCGCUAAAACUGAAACUGAAAAUGUUAUAUUUUAUAGGAAUCAAUCUUUGUAAUUAAACUGUAUUUUACCUUCCCUUCCA